GUUGAUUAUUAUUCUCGGAAAUAAAAGACUCUAUGCUACUACGUAAAAGGUGAUGUUGAUGAUGAUAAAGAGAGGGAGGGAAAUAAAUAAAGAAAGAUAGCACUAACUCUCUCUCUCUCACACAUAGAUUCCAUUCAAGAACGAUGACUAGUUCUAAUCAGUCUCCGUCGCACAAUGUCUUCGUCUACGGCAGUUUCCAAGAACCACCCGUCGUCAACUUGAUCCUCGAAUGCGAUCCUGUGACUAUCUCCGCUCAACUCCAGGGCUAUCAUCUGUAUAGACUCAAAGGGCGUUUGCAUCCGUGUAUCUCUCCUUCUGAGAACGGACUUAUCAACGGAAAGAUACUAACUGGACUAACAGAUGCUCAGCUAGAGAAUUUAGAUAUGAUUGAAGGAGAUGAGUAUGUCAGGAAGACUGUUGAAGUUGUAUUAACUGAAACAUCCGAGAAGAUGCAAGUGGAAACCUUUGUAUGGGCUAACAAGGAUGAUCCUCAUUUGUAUGGAGAAUGGGAUUUCGAGGAAUGGAAGAAGGUUCACAUGGAGAAGUUCAUAGAGGCCUCCAAGAAGUUCAUUGAAUGGAAGAAGAAUCCAGAUGGGAGAUCAAGGGAAGAGUUUGUCAAAUUUGUAGAAGAAGAUCUUACCGCGGCCUGAAGACUGUGUGUUGAAAUCACUAUCUUUGAUCUAUCUGUAGCUGCAAAAUAAAAUAAAAAAAAUUUGUGAGUUUGGGAAUAAACACAAAGAGGUUGUACUGUUUGUUGACAUUAUUGAGUUGUGUGCAAGUGUGUCGUUAUCAUCUUUACCAGUAUUCAGCUUGUAUA